UGAGACAUACAGUUCACAUACCAAAAAAGUUUAUCCUUUUCAACGUGUGAUUCAGUGGUCUUAGUAUCACCAGGAUGUAGACCAUCCCUGGUGUCUAAUUCCAGAACCUUCCAACAAGAUGAAACUCUGCAUCCAUUGCACUUCCCCAGCUGCUGGCAAACAUGUCUGCUUUCUGUUACUUGAGAAUUUGCCUGUCCUAAGUACUUCAUGGAAGACCAGACCAUCUGUCAUUCAAGGUACAGUUGAAGUCCUAACCUCUUUAAUGCAAGAGCUACAGAACAGUGGAAAGACUGAUUCAGACCUUUGGAAAACCUGUGAGGCCAGGUGGUUACAGUUGUUUAAUUUGGUGGAGAAACAAUGCCAGCAACAGAUAGUUGUCCAGCAGGAACAGUUCCACAAUCAAAUUCAACGUAUACAGGAAGAGAUCAAAAAUUUAGUCAAACUGCAGAUCAGUAAUGCUUCCUGGGCUUCCUGUGAUACAGGUUCCUCAAGCAAACAGUUAUCCUCGGAAAGCCAAAUGGGCUUUUUUUCUGAAAAUAGUGAGAGAAAUGAAUCUGUCAUUAGUUAUCCUGAGCCUAAGGAACUUGAAAUGCAGCAGGAAAUGCCCACAUCACAAGCAGACUGCAAUGUGGAUAGUAGCUCAGUGAGCAGUGGUUACGGCACCUUCUGCGUCUCGGAAUUAAAAACCUACAAAUCGCAAGACCGCGCAGGACUCAUGGAGCGCACGGGUGUUUCUCAGGGGCAUCACCUGGCAGCUGUGGUGCAGACAAACCCCCCAGCAGAUGGGGCAGGAAAUAGGGGUUUUUACGCGCAGACCCCUGAAGAGUUUUGUGCAACUUUAAAGGAAGACAUUUCCACUUUGCCUGGUGAAUUUGAAUGUAAUUUUCUUGGUGAAAAUAAGAUUUCUGAAGUAUACAGUGGAAAAACAAAGAAUAGUAAGUCUGUAACGUCAUGGGCACAAAAGCUGAAGCAGAACCAGCCCAGGAGAGUCCAUGGAGAAGAUGGAUGUUCAAGACUGAAGCAAGGGAGCGAGCAGAGCCAGAACCCUGCAGGAGAGAAAGUAGGUGAUGAGUCUGAUUUUGCUACUACUUCACAUCCUCGUGCUUUUUACCUCAGUAAACCAGAUGGAAGUUCAAAUUCUUGGAUGUCUGAUUCAGGAACAGGACUGACUUACUGGAAACUGGAGGAGAAGGACAUGUAUCACUCUUUGCCUGAAGCUUUGGAGAACACUUUUGUGCAGUCCUCCCCUGCAGAGAGGCCACCAAGCCAGUCUAAAACUAGUAAUGAGAUGAAGCUACCAUCCCUGAAGGAUAUUUAUAAAAAACAAAGGGAAAACAAGCAGUUACCUGAGAGGCAUCUCACUUCUGCUUCCAAUCCAAAUCAUCCAUCAGAGGUACUGACUUUAGAUCCGACAAUGCACAUGAAGCCAAACCAACAGAUUUCAGGGAUUCAACCACAUGGCUUUUUGAAUGUUCUUGAUGAGAGAGUAUCCUUUUCACCAGACUCUGUUCUAGAACCAAGUAUGUCUAGUCACUCUGACAUCGACUCAUUUUCACAAGCAAGUAAUAACGCUUUUCAGUUAUCCAGUUUUCCAAAAUAUCCUUCAAAUAUGAAAGCUUCACCGAUGGACUCUUGGAAAAGUCACGUGUUCCAAAGUGAAAGUAGGAGUUCUACAUUUCCGUCAGUGUAUACUGUUACUAGCAAUGACAUCUCCGUCAACACCGUAGAUGAAGAAAACACUGUCAUGGUAGCUUCAACCUCAGUCAGUCAGUCCCAGCUUCCAGGUACAGCCAACAGUGUCCCAGAAUGCAUUACAUUGACUUCCCUGGAAGAUCCUGUGAUGUUGUCUAAGAUCAGGCAGAACCUGAAGGAAAAGCAUGCUCGACACAUCGCUGAUCUUCGAGCUUAUUAUGAAUCAGAAAUAAAUAGUUUGAAGCAGAAACUGGAGGCAAAAGAAAUUUCUGCAGUUGAAGAAUGGAAGAAGAGCAAUCAGGUUCUUGUAGACAGAUGUGGCCAAUUAGAUAGUGCAUUGAAUGAAGCUAACAAUCUUGUGAGGACACUUGAAAAUAAGAAUAACUUACUGGAAAUAGAAGUGAAUGAUUUGAGAGAACGCUUCAGUGCAGCCAGUAGUGCUUCCAAAAUUUUGCAGGAACGAAUAGAGGAAAUGAGAACAAGCAAUAAGGAAAAAGACAAUACCAUCAUUCGACUAAAAUCUCGACUGCAGGAUUUAGAAGAAGCAUUUGAGAAUGCUUACAAAUUGUCAGAUGAUAAAGAAGCUAGACUAAAACAGGAAAACAAGAUGUUUCAAGAUCUCUUAGAAGAGUAUGAGUCCCUUGGAAAAGAACACAGCCGAGUAAAGGAUACAUUAAACACAACUGAGAACAAAUUGCUUGAUGCACACACACAGAUUUCUGACUUGAAAAGAGUGAUUUCAAAACUUGAAGCUCAAGUGAAGCAAGUGGAGCAUGAAAAUAUGCUAAGUGUUCGUCACAAUUCUAAGACUCCCAUGAGACCCUCACGUGCCAACACGCUAGCAACCUCAGAUGUCAGCAGGCGGAAGUGGCUGAUACCAGGUGCAGAGUAUUCCAUCUUUACUGGCCAGCCUCUGGACAUCCAGGACAAGAAGGUGAAUAACCAGCUGGAGGAAACCCAUGUUCCUGGGUACCAUUCUCCUCCAGAAAAGGAUUCUUCACCUGGAAAUACACCAACAAGCCUAUUGAUUAAAGGACAGAGAGAGAUUCCAGACACACCAAUCAUGAAAGCUUUAAAAGAACUUGAUGAAGAAAGAAUAUUUAAAAACUGGGGGACACAGACAGAGAAAGAAGACACCUCAAGUAAAUUAGUGAAUCCUCAGCAAACUGAAUCUUCCGUCAAUGCAAGUCGUUCCCCAGAGAAAUGUGCCCAACAGAGACAAAAGAGACAGAAUUCUGCCUCACAGAGAUCAUCAUCUUUACCACCUUCAAAUCGUAAAUCCAGUACUCCAACAAAAAGGGAGAUUAUGUUAACACCAGUGACUGUGGCUUAUAGUCCAAAGCGAUCCCCUAAAGAAAAUUUGUCCCCAGGAUUUAGUCAUCUACUUAGCAAAAAUGAAAGCAAUCCAAUUCGAUUUGAUAUACUUUUGGAUGAUUUAGAUACUGUUCCUGUGUCUACAUUACAACGAGCCAAUCCAAGAAAGCAGCUCCAGUUUCUUCCUCUAGAUGACUCAGAAGAAAAAAAAUAUUCAGAAAAAGCCAACGAUGACCAUGUUAAUCAUAACUCUUGCUCAGAACCCUUGCCAAAUGGAGUGAAGAAAGUGUCUGUGAGACCAGCCUGGGAGAAGAAUAAAUCAGUUAGCUAUGAACAGUGUAAGCCUGUUUCAGUAACACCACAGGGUAAUGAUUUUGAAUAUACAGCAAAAAUUAGGACCCUAGCUGAAACGGAACGAUUUUUUGAUGAACUUACAAAAGAAAAGGACCAGAUUGAGGCAGCACUAAGCCGAAUGCCUUCUCCUGGAGGAAGAAUCACAUUACAGACACGAUUAAACCAGGAAGCCUUGGAAGAUCGUUUGGAAAAGAUUAACCGAGAGCUGGGCUCCGUCCGCAUGACGCUGAAGAAGUUCCAUGUUUUGCGCACCUCUGCAAAUCUUUGAGAUUUGUAGCCAUUAAAUUUG